AUGGAGAGCGCCCUCUCGCCGUCGCCGGAGGCGGUGGGGAUGCUGCACGAGAUGGCGCUCCGGGACAGCCAGCAGGGGGAGGAGCCCGAUCUGCCCGACGAGCAGCUGCGCUCCAACGACCAGCUCCAGAAAGACGAGAUGCUGGCAGUGGAGGCAAUUUAUGGAGACAAUUUAAACAUUCUUGGUGAAAAUUCUGUACCACGGUAUUUCCAGAUCUAUGUAUAUUGCGAAAUUCCAGAUGGUAUCAGUGUGUCCGCGGAACUCCGAGGUGUUGAUGAUUACCCAAACAACCAGUCCAAAUUCAGUGUCGAGCACUUGGCUCCAAUAUCACUGACAUGCCUUAUGCCUCCAUCGUACCCGAGCCAUCAUCCUCCAUACCUCUCUCUCGGUGUACAGUGGUUGGAUAGUGUGAAGGUCUCGACCCUUUGUCAUAUGCUUGACUCAAUUUGGGCACAGCAGUCUGGACAGGAAGUUAUUUUUGAGUGGGUGCAGUGGCUGGAGAGUUCUACGCUCUCUCAUCUUGGUUUUGAUGGCGGGAUAAUCAUACACAAGUCUGAUAGUACGAUGGCUCCUGUGGAUGCUCGUGUUACUGGAGAGAUUCUGUCUGUAGAGGAUGUUGUUCAACAGUUGAUCAGCUAUGAUGAAGAGCAAUGCCUUGAAACAUUUCGUCGUGGCCUCCAUGUCUACACAAUUUGUUUCAGUGAGCACCCAGUAAGGGAGAACACUACUGAUACAGUAUAUAUUGGACACUGA